AGUUGAGGUAGGUCCGCUAUUGUCAAGGUGUGCUCACUCAGUAGAUAGGACUUCGUUCAUUGAUGUUCCUCUUACCAUGAAGCAGAUCACAGAUGAUUUGGAGAGGGGUUUGCUGGUAUUAAUCACCCAUAAAGGGCAGGACUGGAUUAAGAAGUUCAUUUUGAUGAUGGCUGCUGGGUAAUGCCAUUAUUUAGAUUCUAUAGAUUGUUGUGUGGACAAGGAAUUAUCCUGGACAAAUCCCCUUGAUAUGGAGUCAUGUAGGACUCGCUGAGCUCAUCUUUUGAUGCCUGGAUCUGUUCUUUGAAAACAACACUUUCCUCUCUUUAAUAGUGAACACAUUUUGCAGUUUGGAAUUGGAAAUCUGAUCAAUGUGUUCUGCAGAGCAGACAUUGAACCAUCGAUCUCAGUAGGAUCUGAUAACAGAUAAUUUUACAUUCAUGACCACUUGGGAGCCUGCCUUUUGUAUCAAGGAAUUUAUAGUCAGCCACAAGGAACUGCCAUGUAACACCAUGUCAUUGUGGAAGCACAGUUAAUCAAUAAUGACAUUGGUUUUUAUUGUUGAUUCCUGUUGGAUGGAUGUGUCUUGGCCUGUAAUGAAGAACAUCUAUGUAUGUUGUACGACCGGGUCAGAUGUGCAUCAGCGAUUGGUUUGGAAACUACUCAAGUGCUUGACUUGAUACUGAUAUUUUCGUCAUAGUUUGUUCACUUCUCUCAAAUAAUUCAGUUCUAAAAAGGGUCUGUAUUCACAUUCUCACCUUCAAUAGAAUACAAUUGCUCCAGCAGGUACGAGACCUUUGCUUCCAUCCAUUGAUGAAUAUGCAUUUACGGUAGAAGAGGUGUCCUGUGUUCUCCCAAGGUACACUCUACUGGGGUAAGAUAACCCACACCAAGUCAAAUCAAGGACAAUCAGCAUAUUGUGGAAUUCAGGAAAUUGUCAGUUAUAAAGAUAGAGAAGUACACGCACAUGUAGCUGUCAUUUGCGUAAAAUUUCAUGAUGGAAUUAAGCCAAGAACUUAACACCUCUCUACAAUAUCCUGUUCAUGAAGUUUUGAAUGACAAUGUUGCUAACAAACAUUAGUCAAGAGACCAAUACCAACAUCAUGUUUAGAACUCAGAAUCCUUUGAGCAUUGUCCUACAGUCAUGACAAUGAAAUCAUCUUCAGAGUCUCCUUACACCCGCAAUGGCACUGUCUCACCAUCUCGAUUCCCAUACUACCGCUUCCUCCCUCCACUUAAAUCUCCACCCCCUCUGUCAGCUCCACCCUCCAAGCCCCCAUUCCGUGAGGAUUACUAUGGUGAGCAUACUUACACAGCUUAUGAUACCCAUAGGUUCUGGGUCCAUGGCCCUCACUGGCCUAUCUAUUUCCUAGGUGAGCUUCUACCCACUCCUGAACACAUCUUCACUGUUCCAAAGGAACCUGAGCCUCUAUGGCAGUAUGUUCCUCAGGAUGGAAGGACUAUUCAUACCCAGAAGACUAAAUGGUAUAGGCCAUGGGAAGGCACUCAGAAUGUCUUUGACUCUGAAAGGACAUCCAAAGGGACCAUUCCACACACCAUACCAGAGGGGUGCUGUCCAAGCUUAGUUUUUGAAUCACGGUUUGAAAGUGGCAAUCUCAGACAAGCCAGAAGAAUUGGUCAGUUUGAGUAUGACCUUGUUCUGAAGACUGACCUUUACACUAGCCGUCACACUCAGUGGUAUUACUUCCGGGUUCAAAAGAUGCGUCCAGGGGUCACUUACAAGUUCAACAUCAUCAAUCUACUCAAGAAAGACAGCCUUUAUAAUCAUGGUAUGAGACCAUUGAUAUAUUCAGAGAAGGAAGCAGAGGCUAGUGGUCAAGGCUGGGUCAGGGCUGGUCAUCAUAUCUCUUAUUCUAGGAGUUACGGCUUCAACAAAAAUGGACUUCUGCACCCUGAAAUUACAUAUUACGUUCUGGAAUGGCAAAUGGAGUUCAAGCAUGAAGAUGACACCUGUUACCUUGCUCAUUGCUAUCCGUUCACCUUCACUGAUCUGUGUCAGCAUUUAGAUGAUCUGAUGGCUCAGCCAGAGAGACGCAAGACAAUGAGAAGAGAUGUUCUCUGUGAAAGCAGGGCUGGAAACAGUUGCUUCCUUCUCACUGUAUCAAACUUCAGUGAACACCGUCCUAAGAAGGGUAUUGUUGUAACAGCUAGGGUACAUCCUGGUGAAACCAAUGCUAGCUGGAUGAUGAGAGGACUUCUAGACUUCAUCACUAGCUCAGAUCCUGUUGCCAAGGAGCUGAGAAAGUGUUACAUCUUUAAGAUCAUCCCUAUGCUGAAUCCUGAUGGUGUAAUUGUUGGUAAUUAUCGAUGCUCUCUGGCUGGUCGUGAUCUCAAUCGUAACUAUCGUCAUCCUAAGAAGGAAUCAUUCCCCACUGUAUGGAAUACAAAGCAAAUGCUGGCAGAUUUUGCUGAGGAAUGUGAGGAGAUUUUAGUGUACUGUGAUAUGCAUGGACACAGCAGAAAACAUAAUGUCUUCAUUUAUGGAUGUGAUCCAGAUAAACAAGAGCUGGAUAUGGCUGCCUUCCUGUGUCAAAGGUUGUUUCCUUGGUUACUCUCUCAGAAGGCACCAGACAAGUUUUCAUUUCGUGGUUGCAAGUUCCGAGUAAAGCGUUGCAAGGAGGCAACAGGACGGGUUGUGAUGUGGAGGCAAAUGGGUAUCAGCAACAGCUUCACGUUGGAAGCAACAUUCUGUGGCAGCAAGGAUAUUACCAGUCAUGCUCCAAGACACUUCAAUCUUCAAGAUUUCCAGGAUCUUGGACGUCAUUUCUGUGAGGCACUUCUGGUCUACCACCAAGCUCAGGAGAACACUAGUCUGCAUUCUGAAUUGAUUCUUGAGUUGACGAAGGAGAUCACCCAUCAUAUUCUUCUCAGCCGUGGUUUACUGCCACCAAACAUGCCUUUCCCUGAUCUAUCAUCUCUCAAAGAUGUCAAACAAGGACAAAAAUCCAAGAAGCAUGGUGGGUCCAAGGCAGACCAGGAUGGAUCUGAAUGGGCUGGGUUAGACAAGAGGACUAAGUCUAAGCUAGCUGCUCUGAAGGUAAUAGACACCUUGAGUUCAGAGACCAUACAAGGAUGCUAUGACCUUCUCGCUGACCUUCACAUCAACAAGGAAUUUGCAGAAUCAGACACAAGUGACAGUGACAGUGCAUCUGAAUCUGAGCUUCCCAAAGGACAGAACGAUGAUGAUGAUGAAGAUAAAGUGAGGAAAAAGAAGAGGAAGAAGAAGUUGAAAGGUAGAUCAAAAAGUGAAGAGGGACCCGCACCAGAUAUGAAUGCAGAUGAGCAAUCUAAGAAGAAGAGAGGCACAUCAUCUUUGAAAAGAGCCCUUGCGACAAGAGGAAAGAAGAGACCAGUACCGGUAGAAGAUAGGAAAGAAGAGACGAGUGAUGGUGUAUCGUUGAUCGAUGCUCCUUAUAAUCCCUCAGACUCUUGCAGUAGUCAGAGGUUGGUUCGUAGACGUAUGUGGAAUAAUCCCACAUUCAUUCAGUCGUGGGUAUCUGAUGCCAUUGAGGAGAAUGCAGAGAAGACAAAUAAACUAGACUCAGUCACUCCUUCUUAUAGAGCCAUGUCUAGAUUACAGGAUGCUAAAAAGCACCUUGCUAUAACCUUGAAAUCCGAGGAUGAAUCAAAGUCAUCCCACCAACCCCAAGACUGCAAUGCUUUCCCCAUUGAAGCCAGACAGUAUGAUCUACUACCAAUCCAUGACACCAGGGUUCUAGCGAGCGCUACCAAUGCAAGACUGAAGGGUCUCUACAUGGACACGAGGCCCUUUCAUGGUAACUACCAUGGCAAGAGUAGAUCAGGGUUCACAGGCAAGAAGCUACCUCAACUGUACGGUCGUGAGGGAACAUCCACCCUCUAUCGUCUCAUCAAACCAAAGACAAUGGAAGUACCACAUAGAUUAGGCCAGGAGAGAUGUGUGACGGAGCUAGGAGAAGCUAACCAGUAUGUGGUGUAUGGACCAGAAGAAUCAGAUGAGAAUGCCGUCAAGAAAUACCCUCCAUUUGUUAACCGGUACGCCAAACGUUCUAAUCAUGGUAUCCCAAUGUUUUCUCAAGAGAGAAUACAAGAAAGAGCUAAGCUGCGCAUGGAAGCAACCAAGUGUGGUGAUCAGGACACCGGUGGUGGGGAGGAAAAUGCCCUCGAUCAGGUGGCACAUGAUACCGAAUAUGCCAAGCUGAUCGCUCUGAGUAGAGAGAUGCAUCGUCAGAGUGAAGAAGUACGUUAUAAGCUCAUCAACCAACCACAAGAGGGAGCCCUUGAGAAGAGCCUUGCUGGUAUGACCAUCAGACACUCAUAUACACACGGCAACUCAAUGGUGAGGGGACCACCUCCAUUCACACUGGACUUUGAACGGUUGGACUCUGAUGAGAUGGGUGUCUUGAGCACUCUACCUAAGACUCCACCAAGGAAGCUAGACCCAGUCAAGGGGGCUGCAGCCUCACGGAGCAACGGAGGCUUGAGCAGGGCAGGAGCAUUGAAUGGUAUCUCAGGCAGCGAUACAGCUAAUGGAUAUGCCAUUACAGACGGUCUGCUUGUUGGUCCAGGAAUGAGAGAUGGUCAUGGUGGGGCUAUGAAGCAGAGCAGUGGUGAUGCCAGUAAUCAUAGAACAAAAGGUGGUGGUCCGCAUCACCCUAAAAGGACUAGUGAGGAGAAAGCAACGGGUGGCGAUAACUCAAAACUGAUUGUGUUCAGUGGGAAAGACACAAAACAAACCUCGAACUCUUUCAACUCGUCUUCAUCAGCAUCAUGGGCGACCGGUAACAAAGGAAGGACCAAGGAUCCUUCAGAGCCCAACUACCACUCAGCCAACGCUGCCCAUGACAAGAACAGACAUCUCAGGAAGACUUUAGGACGAGAGAGUACCAUGGAUCUUAUCCAAAGACAAUAUGGUAGAUUUCUAACAGGUGUCAAUGUUAACUCCCAAGGUGCACCUUCCUCAUCAACCUCUAAAUACCUUGACAGUAUAGCAAAGUCAGUACCUAGUGGGAACUUUCCAUCCUCUAAAGAGAAAGGAGCUGGUGUAACUAGAUCAGCUAGUUUUGUGAAUGAGAAGAGAAUAGCUCCACUUACCAAGAUGGGUGACCAAGCUGCAAUCCUCAAACUAGCUGAUGUAAAGAAAAAGAGCAAUUCAUCUUCAUGAUACAUCUAUGCAGCCAUCAAUGAAUUCCAUGUAUUCAAGCAAUCACUGAUUUCAGACUUCAUCCAAGCAGUCACAUGCUCAGGAAUAAGUUCUUCUAUUAACAAUGAAUGACAAGUUACCUCACUCAAGAGCAAGCAUUGAUGUCGUCAAGCCAAGAUUUGAAUGAGUUUAUUAGUUCUCUGGAACCUCUUAUUGCCAGCAGUACUUCCUUUUGCCUAAGAUACCACCUACAUGUAUGUACACAAACCAAAGAUCAUCUUCUCCUAGAGUACUCUAUCAAGAAUAGAUGCAGAUGUUUGGAUAAUUGCAGUCUGGAAAUAACUAUCAUGUCCAUGAAUGUUGCUUGGACCAUGAUCUCUUCAGAAACCAUUCUCAUGGCAUGUUCAUGAUCAAGGAAAAGGAUGCACAAAAUGUCUUUCCAGCAAACUUCAGAUCCUCCUUGUCAUAUUACAAUGUAUUGAAAGAUGCUUUUGGAGUAUUUUGUCUUUCUUUUUUUUAAGUGACUUCACUUGGCAAGCACUCAGGAAAAAAACGUUUUCACCAGUUACUGUUCCCCUUUUUGUCUAAAAAGGGACAUUGUAUAUACCUAGAUGAAGAAUAAUGACAGCAGUGGCUUUUCAUAGGUGAGAUUAAUGGAAUCAACUACAACUCUUGCCCUGAUGUACUUUAUUUUACUCCACCAUAUGUUCUAUCAAAUCUAAAUAUUUUAUGAUUAGAAAUUGAUUUAUUGGUGUUAAUAAACACAAGAUCAAAUAUAAACAGUGAGCAAUCCAUUUUCUCACCCAUUCCAUAUGAUAUGCUAAAGUAUUACCAAUGAAGCUAGACCAGGAUAUCUAUUCAAUUCUGUUAUGCAAUAUGAGGUAUUGAUUUUUUAUUAGAAAUAUUUGUUUAAGUGUUUGUUUGUUUUUAAAUCUGAAAUAAGAGCCUUGACUAUCUUUGUACAGCCUUGAAUUUUAUGAACAAAUAUGAGAGUAUGUUUUGAAAGUAUUAUAUUUGUUGUUAAUUAUCCCUGCUAGCUGUAUAUAAUGUAAAUACUAGAUUAGUUGUAUAUGUUACACAGUGAAGCUGAGCAGUUGUUAAGAAAUAUGUGUGUCUUGUACAAAAUGGAACAAAUAUGUAUUUAUUAGUAUUUAUUCAGAAAACUGAGAACAAAAUAAGUACCAAGAAAAUCUACUUUUAUGAUGAUUAUGCCCUUUUGUUCUUGGUAUGUUUUUAGAAGUUUUAUACAUUUCAUUAGAAAGGUUUGAAUGGAUGCAGAUGUACAUUCCAUCACUACAGGGGUGAUGCUACUUCCAUUUCUUCUGAUCAUGGAGCAAUAAAAGCUAUACAGUAUUUCUCAUGAACAAACCAACCAGGGUUAAUUUCAUAUUGACCUUGAUGGAAAAAAAAUGUUUUACAAUUAGUACAAAGCUUACUAUGUAUAAUUAUUUCCUUGACUCUUACAUUGCUGAUGUCAUGACAGAGAGUAGGCAAAACUCAAAACACAUGUAUUUUAUUGAUAACAAACGUUUAGGUCCACUUUGGACCAUUCUGAGAAAAAUCAUGUUUUUUAUUCUCACUUAUUGCAAUAUUCUCAUGAGAAACUAAAUUGUCAUGAUGUACUACCCUAUCAUUUCAACAAAAAAAUGGGUAUAAAAGAAAUCUACCUGUCUUCAAUUUUUUUCUAUAUAUUUUUUUCAAAAAUUAUUGUGGACCUAACCCCUAUUGCAAGCAAACUGAAAUGAAUCCAAUCUCUUUUGAAUGAAAAGGUGAUUUUUCUUUGCCACUUUUAUUCACAUUUUAAUGUGAAUUUCAAAUUUUCUUUGGUAUCAUCAGAGUGACUAAAAAUCUAUAGGUUUUGAGACAGAAAACAAUAAAAUUUAUGAAAAAUGGAUCUAACCCCUUUUGACAAAUGAGCUCUUCAAAAGAGUUUGGUUGCAAAAGGGGUUAGAUCCACUCCAAGAAUUUUUGUUUUAUUCUCCCAUAUUGCAAUUCUUAUGCGAAACUAUGCGAAACAAAAUUUUCAUGAUGCCCUACCAUGUGAAAUGUAAAAUUGGGUAUAAAAGAAAUCUACCUGUCGUCAUAUUUUUUUAAAUAUUCUUUUCCAAAAAAUUUCUUUGUGGACCUAACUCCUUUUGCAACCAAACUGAAAUGGACCUAAACCCCUUUUGAAAAAAAAGGUGAUUUUUCUUUGCCAUUUUGUUCACUUUUUAUUUGGAAAAUUCAACUUUUUUUUGGUAUCAUCUUAGAGCUUCUAAAAGUCUAUACAUUGAAUCACAAAAAUCAAAUUACAUGAACAAUGGAUCUAACCCCUUUUGCAACUGAGCUCUUCAAAUACAGUAUAAGGGUAAUAUAAAGUUUGUGAAAUACCCCAUCCUCGACCAAAGUUUUAAAAAGUGUUUGAUUAUAAGUGAUACAAAAUUUUCUCUGGAAUGUGAACAAAAGUUCUCAGAUUUUAUUGUAUUUUGGUUUAAAGGGGAGUUUAAAAUGGUUCAAAUUUAAUCAAUGUUUAACUUUUAAUAACUGUUGAUCUUUAGCAGAUGGUAAGAAAUUAUGACAUCGGGGUGGUAUUCUCAUAUAGUUGUUUUUAAAGUAAUAAUAGGAUUAUAGAAAACAAAAUGAGGUUCUCAGUAAAUGUUUAAUUGCACUAGCUCAAACUGAAAUACUGAGGCCAUAUCAUGCAGUGGUAGAAAAUUUGUGAAUGAAAUAAUCAUUGAAUUCUAUUGAUUGCAAUGAACACCUUGAAGUUCCUGUUUUCACAAAUAGAUUGGCAAAUUAACUUGGAAUGACAUUCUCUAUCAUUUCUAUUUAUUUUUAAAUCAAUAGAUUUAAAAUCUAGAAGUGGAAAGCAAAUUCUCAUGCUUCUAUGUUAAAGAAAAAAAAAGGUGUCAUUGACGUAUAUGCAUUUUUAUGCAAAAUAAUUGUUUUGUGCCUAUAAAGACAUACAGUAUUUUAAAAUAUACAAACAGCAUAAUCUGUUGAAACAUCUUGUGAUACAUUAGAAAUCAGAAUGAAGUAUAAACUAGGAGUUGAAUUUUGCACGUUGCUGCCUGCUUUGUUAAUGUAGUAGGCUAAAGAAACUAGUACUUUUUUUUCUACCAACAUUGAUUGGUAUGUUAUAUUUUUCAUGGUCAUUUUGGAGAUAGAUAACAAGUUUCCAAGCUCUGUGCUAAGAUUGAUGAACAAACUUCCGUACCACAUAAAUUUGAGAAACAGAUAUGAGAACUAAUGAAUAUAAAAAAUAAGUUGGAAAUGUGUUCCAAUAAAAGUAUGUUUCUAAAAUUUA